AUGGUACUUAUGGUGAUUUAUACAGAGAUUCUUGAAGUUAAUGCAACUUCGCCGUGUACAAUUACGACAAAGAUCGCAAUGCUCGGGGAGUCAGCUGAUGGAGAAUGUCAUGGCAUACGAGAUGCGUAUGUGACCAUAGACAAAGCAUCAACAGAUGACGAGAACGAACGACAGAGGUUGCUAUCCGCAACAAAUAUUGCACAAUUGACAGAAAUUAUGGAAACCGUGCAGAGAAUGAUUAUUGACUUGAAAAAUGAUGUGACAGAGAUGAAAAGGCAUUUUACUGGCAAAACGUUAGAUAGUCUACGAGAAGAAGGGAUAGUUACUAAACGGGAAGUGACGAAACAUACAGAUACCCGAAACGAGGAUAAAAGUGGUAAUGUAAAGGCAAAGAACAAGCUGCAAAAACCACCGAUACUACGUGACCAAUAUGACGCAGAAAGAAACAUCCAAGAAGACACCGAUCACGACACACCUCCCAAAAAUUCCGCCGACAGAAAAAUUCCGAGCUACAAUCCCUCCAUGUCUCAAACGUGUAAUUUUGAGUUUGUCAAAUCACCAAAUGUCGUUCAAGAUUAUUUCCAUAACAAGAUUUCGAGGCAUACAGUGGCGCACUUCAAAUUUGACCAAGAUUCCAGUGACACAUCAGGCAGUAACAACCACGGAAAUGCGAUGGACGGAGUUAAGUUUGAAUCUAGGAGUGGAAUUAAAGAUGGGGCAGCUCGUUUUGCCGGGGAUGGCAAAAUAAACGUCGACGGUUUCCGACUCUAUCCAUGGGGAAGUGGAUUCAGCGUAAGUUUGUGGGUGAAAAGGACUGCGGAUUGGGCAAAGGAAGUGACCAUUCUGUCAAACGGAGCCCCCGAAUACGGUACCUGGGAUAUUCGCAUGGGACACCAAAUGGCAGGACAAAUGAUUGGUGCAAGUAUAUUCACUUGUUGGGACGCGUAUAGACGCCAGUGGACAUACCAAGAUAUUUUAGCCGAGCACAAUACAUGGCACCACGUGGCGCUUUCUUUCGAUGGUUCAAAACUUGAUUUCUACUUGGACGGUCAGAAACGCCCGAAGACUAUUCGAGGUCCGUGUAAUAGUGACACGCCAACUCGGGACACUCCUCUUACUAUCGGUGGUGGCGGUGUUGGAACCAUCGGGUCGUAUUUUACUGGGCUGAUCGAUGAGUUGUUGAUUCUAAACACUAGCCUGACAUAUGAAGAAGUACAUUAUCUGUAUACGUUGCAUGAUCCACGUGAGUGUGAAAGUCCAUACAUAGUGGCACAUUUCACUUUUGAUGACGAUUUCAACGACCAAUCAUGUCACCAGCGACAUGCUAGUUAUGAUAGGGGGGCCAGCGUUGAGCCGUCAAAUGCGGUGAUUGACUCUGCAAUGAUGUUUAACGGAGUAAAUACAAUUAAAGUCGCCCUUCUUAAAAACUAUCCCUAUGGAAAUCAGUUCUCCGUUAGUCUACGUUACAAACGCACUGGAAAUUUUAAGAAGGAGCAGAGCAUUGUGUGGCACCAUAGUUGGGAAAUCCGCGCAGGCGCUAGCUCACGGAUAGGGGGCGCUGUUAGGACCAAAGAUCGGAAUACCGAAUCUGGCUCGCUGGUGAUCGGACAGAGUUCAUCCUAUCCUUACGAGAACAUCCAGGCUGCAGACGACGAGUGGCAUCACGUGGUCAUGACGUACGAUGGGUCCCUUUUGAUGUUCUACCUAGAUGGAGAGCGACAACCCGGCGACGUAAGCUGCUGCAUAGGGGAUAUCGUCAUCCCAGAAGCACCCCUGGUGAUUGGCGGUCGCAACAUAGAACAAGGCGUUGUCCGCGGCGGACAAGACAAAUUCCAUGGUCUUAUUAGUGAACUUAGUCUUUAUAGAAAAGUGUUACGCCAAGAGGACGUUAUACGUUUAUUGGAAAGUCUUGAUUCCUAG